AUGGAAAACAUUCAGAGGGCAUUGAAGAAGGCUGAUCUGCAGAACAACAUCAAGGUCUCCACACCAUACCCAACGUCCGUGUUGAACAACUCAUUUCCUCCGUCUGAGGGAACAUUUGGUGAGGAUAUGAGUGCUAUCCUUAACUUUCUAUCAGAUAAUGGCUCCACUUUCAUGGCCCACGUCUAUCCAUACUUCAGCUACAAAAACUCCGCAGGUUCAACUUCUGCAGACUAUUCGCUGUUUAGAUCGACAAAUACUGUGGUGACUGAUGGCAAUUUAAUGUAUAACAACUUGUUCGACGUUUUUGUGGACGCUUUUAUAUCUGCUAUGGAAAAGCUGGGACAUUCCAAUAUUCCAAUUGUAAUAACUGAAAGUGGGUGGCCCACUGAAGGCAAUGCCGUGGCUACUGUGGACAAUGCCCGAACUUACAACAACAAUCUCAUCAAGCAUGUUUUGUCAAAUGCAGGAACACCAAAGAGACCUGGAACGACAAUUGAGACAUAUAUUUUUACACUGUUCAAUGAGAAUCAGAAGACUGGGUCUGAGGCGCGCCAUUUUGGUCUGUUUGAUACCACUAAAAUUCCUGUCUACCCUAUGGACUUCCUAGCUGAAAGUUCUGUUUACCCUCCGCUCAGCUCACCUGAAAGGAGGCCAAAGGUAGAAGAAGAAUGCAGGUCUGAAGACAAGGCCUCCAAUUGUAGAAAGAGAAAGACAGCUAUAGAAGGAGAUCUAGCCGCUACCACAGAAGGUGAUUCAUUGGAGUGCAAAAAUGUUGAAGAAAAAGUAGAAAUGCUGCAGAAAAUAGAGACUAAGAAGCUGCAACUUAAAGGAUGGCAUCACAGCGAACGGGUGAAUGACAACAUUAAACCAUUCUGUCCUGUCCACAUCAAAUACAUUGCAGUGGAAAACGAGGUUUUUGCAAACAGAGCAUACGUUUCAUAUCUCGUGCCUGCUAUGAACAAUAUUCAGAAGGCAUUGAGUAACGCCAAUUUGCAGAACGACAUCAAGGUCUCUACACGACACGCAACGUCCGUGCUGUACAAUUCAUUUCCUCCCUCCAAGGGAACAUUUGGUGAGAAUAUGAGUGCCAUACUUAAGUUUUUGUCAGAUAAAUACCCUCCUUUCCUGGCCAGUGUCUAUCCAUACUUUAGCUACAAAUACAACAGAGAUUGA